CUCGAACUCUCUGGUGAUAAACGUUCAUAACUUUGUGAAUGAAUUUUGAUGGAUCAUCUUCGAAAGAAGGGUCCAAAAUACUCAAUAAUGUGAAUCCAGCUGUUGAUGUGUUUGUAAAGGCUUCAUGGAGAGCUUCAAAUCUUCCCAUGAUGAUGAUAACAUCUGCCUGCCAAACUGCUGGAUAGUAGUCAGGAUCGAUGGCAGGAACUUUUCGAAAUUCACUGAUGUCCAUAAUUUCACAAAACCCAACGACUCUCGAGCACUAGCCCUCAUGAAUUCAGCAGCUACUGUCGUCAUGGAGGAGUUCAAAGAAAUUACUAUUGCUUAUGGACAAAGUGACGAGUAUUCAUUCGUUUUCAAGAAAGAUACUCAGUUGUACAGUAGAAGAGAGAUUAAACUCCUGACUUAUGUGAAUUCUUUGUUUGCCUCGGCUUACGUCUUCAAUUGGUCAAAAUUUUUUGACAACAUACCCUUGAAAUAUCCCCCGGCAUUCGAUGCCAGAAUUGUUUUAUAUCCUUCUGACGAGAAUUUACGAGAUUAUUUAUCCUGGAGACAAGCAGAUGUUCAUGUUAACAACCUUUACAACACUUGCUUUUGGAAUUUGGUGCAGAAAAAGAACAUGACGACAAUAGAGGCCCAAGAAGUUCUCAAAGGGACCCUCUCGGCAUUCAAAAAUGAGUUACUCUUUCAGGACUUUGGAAUUAAUUACAAUAACGAACCACAGAUGUUUAGAAAGGGAACGACUCUCUUCAGAGAAUUAAUAAACGACACUGAUGGGAGGUCUAGAUAUAAGGUUAUCUCUAUUUUCGAUGACAUUAUUGGGAAUAAAUUCUGGGAUGAACAUCCAGAGAUUCUUCAUGUUAAAAAGGCGUCUACGAUGACUCCAGUGAAUAGGGAAAAUGGAAAUAAAAAGAAGAAAAAUAGAGUUUCUAGAGGAGAGUUCAGUGAAAAAAAGAUUGAAACGGACACAGUGGAAACGAAAUCUUCGUGAUUAAUAAUUAAUGAGUUAAUCAGAUAGAAUCUUUCAUCUGGGAUGUUUAUUCUUGACAUUUUUUUUAUUCGCUCUGUGGAAGAGGAUUUUUUAAUUAAAAAAUGAGAAAUGAAAAUAAAGCAGUUUCUUGGUGUUUAUCUCCCAAAAUGGCUCAUUUAAAAAUAAUGAUUUGAGCCAUUAAAACGAUUAAGGGAAAAUUAAAUCUUAAUACCAAUAAAAAUAUUCGUCUUUAUGAAUAUAUUUUUCACAAGUAAUUUAUGAUACAUACACGCAUAGUGAAUAAUGGUUUACAGUGGAAUGCAGUAUAUUCCCCCCUAGACAUUUAAGCGAAUUAAUUCCAACAAUAAAACUCAGAGCAGAAUAAUACUUUCCUAAAUCAAUUAAUUACACAGAAAUUCGUUACAAAAUUUUGCACGUAAAAUGCCUAUGUCCUUUUGCAACUUUCAAAUAUAAAUAUAUAACUCUUUGAUUCGAUAAACAGAAAUUAGGUAAUUUAAAUGAAAUAAAUCAUUGAUUGAUUUGCAAAUUAAUUAAUUUAGUUUACUUAACCUUCGUUUCAUUUCUCCAUGAAAUUUAACAUUAUACUACAUAUCUUGUGGAUGAUAAAUCAAUUUUUUUAUACAGAACGACGGUAAUAAUUGGCGUUUCCAUCGGGAUUAAGUAGGUCCCACGUUGGAGAAAAUAAUAUGAACAAUUUUCAACAGAUGCCCCAUUGAGAAUUCUAAAUUUUUUUAGAAGAUUGGAAUGUAAUUGUCGAUUUUAGCACGAUGUUUCUGUGCAACGCACUCGGAUAUCCAUACGAUAUUGCGGCAUUCUUGUUCUUUUAGCUUCAAGUAGCUGUAAAAUACACCGAAGUGGAAUUGUUGAAGGAAGGCGUUGACAUUUAGACGUACCUGUGAGCGUGAAUAAAAUAAGUCCGAUUAUUUUUAUAUUUUCCUUUUUCAAUGUAGACAAUUUAUAGACCAUUCUUUUAUUUAUUAAUUACUAAGUUUACCUCAUGCUCGAAGAAUUUAUCCUCAAGUGUCUUAUCUCCGGGAUUAUUUCCAGCACCUUCGAAUAAUGCACUGUACUCCUGCAGUAGAUAAUUAAGUGCAUUAUUUCGUGUAUUUUUUGGAGAAUAUAAAUUUUGAGAAUUUACAAACUUAGAAAUAACAAAA